AUGAGCAGAAGAGUAUGGAAACUUCAAGAUUUUGUAGCACAUACAGGCCGGGUUCAAUGCGCCCGACUCGGCGAGAAGUCUGGUCAGGUGCUGGCGACAGGAGGAGAUGACAAGCGGGUGAAUAUUUGGAAGGUGGGGAAGCCCAAUGCCAUGAUGAGCUUGACAGGGCAUACCAGCUCUGUCGAGUGCCUGGUGUUUGACAAGCAGGAAGAAGUUCUGAUCGUGGGCUGCGCUGGUGGCUCUAUGCAAUGCUGGAACCUGGAAUACAGGAAGAUGGCCGGGUCUUUGACCGGUCACCGGACAGCUUGCACUUGCGUGGAGUUCCAUCCCUAUGGGGAGUUCUUUGCUUCGGGCUCCAAUGACACCAACUUGAAGAUCUGGGAUUUGCGUCGUAAGUCGUGCAUCCAAACCUAUCCAGGCCAUUCGGCUCCGGUCAGCGCCAUCCGCUUCUCUCCGCACGGCAGGUGGGUAGCAACUGGCGGUUUGGACAACCAGGUCAAGAUUUGGGAUCUCACAGCCGGCAAGCAGAUGAAGGACUUGGACCUACAUAAGGGACCUGUGACCUCACUCAGCUUUCACCCUAAAGAAUAUCUGCUCGUUUCUGGCUCGGCAGACCGAACAGUCAUCUUAUGGAGCUUAGAAAGCUUUCUCAGCGUUGGGGUGUCAUCCAUUGGCACCACCCCUGUGCAGGCUGUGAAGUUCUAUCCAGAGGAGCAGGCCGUGCUCAGCGCUUCGCAAGAUUUGCUGCGACUGCAUCCUUGCAAUGCCGUGUCCAACGUGUCGGACUGUCUGGAGGUGGACUGGAAAGGCCUGCAGGAUAUUCGGCUCUGCUACCCGGAGGAGAAGCUCUUGGCUGUGUCUGCGGAGGGAUCGCAACUAGGGCUCUGGGUGGCUUCGGCCUUAGCCUGCAUUGACCUCACCAUCCUCACGUUACCUGAUCAGCCUGGAUCAUGA